AUGGUUGCGUACAACCCCGUCCUUCGUGGCAAGUGGACGUCGAAGAAGUUCAGUGCUACCGUGAUCAAUGACAUCUGGCCGGAGGUGUUGUUCUUCACCGCCGUGGCAACCAUGGUGACGUUUGUAUCUAUCAAAACACCACAUUCUUUGGCUGUUAACCCCCAAUUGUUGACUGUACUGGGUACUGUUCUCGGUUUGGUAAUAUCGUUUAGGACAUCCUCUGCAUACGAGAGAUACCAGGAAGGAAGGAAAAUGUGGUCAAAUAUAUCGAUCACUUCACGGAAUCUUGCCCAAAUGAUUUGGAUUCAUAUUCCAAAUGAUAGACCAUUGAAGCCAGAUGGGUCUAGGCUGACCGCACUCGAGAGUAUCAUCGAGAAAAAGACCAUGAUCAAUUUGAUUCAAGCAUUUUCUGUUUCUGUCAAGCACUACUUACGAGGAGAGACAGGGGUGUAUUAUGAAGAUCUCUACCCUCUCAUCUCGUUGUUACCCAAAUUUGCAUCAGAAACGGCAACGGACUGUACCGACAUGCUCCCUCUCUGGCAGGCAUCCGAAGAAGAUGAACAUCCCUACGACCACAAAAUCCACGCUAUGCCAUCACCAAAAGCGGAAUCGGCUCUUCCCAGUCUUUCCGCCUCUCCUGCUCCUUCAUCAUUAGGCUGGCACUCGUUCGGGAAACGCACUCCAAAACCCAAAACGUUCGACCCGGAGAAAGCUCUUCCUACUAUCUUCAGUCAUCGACCCCUCAAACCUGCUCGUAACCCUCCAAAGACCAGUGUUUACGACUACGUUCCCUUUCUUCUUAUUUUCAAGUGGAUCGCAAAACAAUUUACUCGAAAGAAGAAGAGCGUCAUUGAAGGCGCAUCACGAAAUGCUCUCGGGAGAAAGAUUAGGCCAAAAAUCGAAGAAAGCAACGUGCCCUUACAGAUUACCACCUAUCUGUCAGAUUACGCCAAUUAUAUCAUGCGUUCUGGCGUCCUGAUGCCACCUAUUGCGGCUGGUAUCGUCAACAAUAUUGGGGCACUCCAAGAUACAUUAACCCACCUUGGACGAAUCGCGAAUACACCGCUUCCAUUUGCGUAUCAAAUGCACCUGCGAAUGUCCCUUUGGGUAUACCUGUUCCUCCUUCCAUUCCAAAUCUUCGACAACUUCAAAUACCUGACGAUCCCCGGAACGGCGUUUUCAUCCUUCCUUCUACUCGGUUUCCUCGAGAUUGGCCAGGAAAUUGAAAAUCCAUUCAAUUAUGAUCUCAACGACCUAGACUUGGAUGGAUUUUGUCUGUCUAUACAACGAGAACUUCAGGAAAUCACCGCCCACCCGCUGCCAGACCCUUCUUCCUUCAUUUUCACUGCCUGGAACCAACCCUUCGCACCUGGAGAUCGACGUACCGCAGCUGAACUUGUCAAGGGUGACACAGAAUAUCGACACGCUGAGGACGAACACCAAGGGUUGGGAAGCAUCAAGCAGACGCUUCUGCGCAGCUGGAGGGACACGGAUGACUUGACUAGAGAGAAGAAGUAA